AUGGCUAGAGCGCAUCGACUCGGGCAAACAAAUACGGUUAUGAUUUAUAGACUCAUAGCACGAGGAUCCAUUGAAGAAAGGAUGAUGCAGAUGACUAAGAAGAAAAUGGUUCUAGAACAUCUAGUUGUUGGGAGGCUGAAGGCACAAAACAUUAACCAGGAAGAAUUGGAUGACAUCAUAAGGUAUGGUUCAAAAGAGUUAUUUGCUGAUGAGAAUGAUGAAGCAGGAAAAUCCCGACAAAUACAUUACGAUGAUGCUGCAAUAGACAGAUUACUUAACCGGGAGCAAGUUGGGGAUGAAGAGGCUACACUGGAUGAUGAAGAAGAGGACGGAUUUUUGAAAGCCUUUAAGGUUGCAAAUUUUGAGUACGUUGAUGAAGUGGAAGCAGGAGCUGAGGAGGAAGCACAAAUAGCCUCAACAGAGCAUAAAACCACGAUAAACAAUUCAGAAAGAGCAAGUUACUGGGAGGAGUUGUUAAAGGACAAAUAUGAAGUGCAUAAAAUUGAGGAAUUGAAUGCUAUGGGCAAGGGGAAGAGAAGUCGCAAGCAGAGUGACUUGGGAAAUCUUGCACAAUGUUUACCACAUGAGAGUGACUAA